CAUCCUGUACCUCUCUGCCAUCUACCGCUAAAGUCGUGAAUAACACACCCGGCCCGGAACCAAUGUGAGCGUAACUUUCCUCGUGGCGUUUCAGGGGGGACGUAGAAAGACGCCGCACCAGACACCGGCUGAAGGAGACUUGACAGCAGAAUGAGAACUGAGCGGAUUGAGUGUUCUUCUUCCUAGGCUCAUUUCAAUACAUUUGUAAUUCAUCGGCUGUGGUUUGUGAUGUCAUAAUAAUGAACGCCCCUCGUCAGCUGUUACGGAUUCAGUGCAUUGCACGUUUUUUGGGUACACCCAUACAGCGAGUGAUCCCACCUACUGGAGCACAUCUGCAAACCCCUGGAUCACAGCACAAAUACGGCCAGCUUCUGAGACCACUCCACUGCAGUGCAGUAUGCUCCACGAGUCGUCCAAGCCAGACACCGCUUGAAAAGACAGUUGAAGCUGAGACGCUUAAAAAAGACAAAAGUUUAGUCACACAUGAUGAUUUAUUUGAGAGAGCCGCUAGAGACUCAAAGACUAAGGCUGAUUUUAACAGGGUCGUGGAUGUUUUCAGCAAGAAGGACAUUCGGCGACGAGGCCACGUAGAGUUUAUUUAUGCUGCCCUGAAGAAGAUGCCAGAAUUUGGAGUAGAACGAGACAUUACUGUUUACAACAAACUCCUGGAUGUUUUUCCAAAAGAGGUGUUUGUUCCACGGAACUUCAUUCAGAGGAUGUUUAAUCACUACCCACGGCAGCAAGAGUGUGGAGUACAGCUGCUGGAGCAGAUGGAGAACUAUGGUAUCAUGCCAAAUGUGGAGACCAAGGUUUUACUGGCUCAGAUAUUUGGGGAAAAGAGUCACCCUAUGAGGAAGUACCAGCGUAUCAUGUACUGGUUUCCCAAAUUCAAGCAUGCAAACCCUUUCCCCGUCCCACAUGUGCUUCCUAGUGACCCAGUAGAGCUUGCUCGAUUCAGUCUUACGCGGAUUGCAGAUGACCUGGAUGCUAAAAUAACAAUCUAUCAGUAUCCAUCAACAGACAUCACAGAGACUGGUGAAGAAGUUAUGCGCCCCCAUAUUGUAGGUAUUCAGAGUCCAAACCAGCGCUCCCUUCUGGCUAAACACAAUCCAUCCAGGCCCGUGUUUGUCGAAGGCCCUUUCCCACUGUGGCUCAGAAAGACUUGUGUUCAUUAUUUCCUGCUCCGGGCAGACCCUAUACCGUCUGAGGAAACGGUUGAGGAAGAAUUUGACCCGGAGAUGAUGGGUCCGGAGCAGAGUCUCUUCUACCCACAGCGACUGGAACUCGACCUGGAAAGAGACAUGGGCGAUGAUUUCAGAUUCGAUGUAGAUGAUGUGAAAGAGGGGCCGGUUUACGCCAUGUGUAUGGCCGGUCAGGGAGACCAGGUCACUCUGUCUCAGUGGAUUUCGGGUCUACAGGAGACCUGUCCCAUAUUGGGCCAGAUUCCCACAGUGUUCCGACUGGAAUCUGGACCCAGAGAACUGCAAACCACAUCAGAUGCUCAGCAAACCCCUGAGCAGGAGGUUGAAACUGAUCAAAUGAUCGUGGAGGAACCGCUACACUCACAAAGAGUAAAACAGUGAGAGUUUUCUGUUGCAAAAGCCACGCUGAAGGAUGUGCGUUUUACAAAGACGGACCGUGGUAUAAAUACAUGAAUUUAAUAUGAUAAAUCUUAUAUUUAAUUUAGUUACCAGAUACUGAUUUUGUGUCUUGUCAAUGAAACAGUUUUUGAAUCGAGGUCUGUCUACGUUAUGUGGAGUUGCUCUAUGAUAUGCUAUAGACUGAUUCGGCAGUACAAUAAAACACACAUCUCUCUAA